AUGGGUAAACAAUACGGGUUGAUCCUAAAGAAGAAAGAGUCCAAGCCCGCGCUACAAAAGUCAAAGUUGUCGUUUUUCGAUGAUGAUGACUCCGACGAGAACACAAAAGCGGCAAUCGAAAAGGACUUGCUCAAAGUAUCGGCAAAGAAGAAAAUGAAUAAGCAGACUCAGUUAGAUGUGCAACGCGCCCUUGAAGAAGAUGCAACUGUGUAUGAGUACGACGCAGUUUACGACGAUAUGAAAGCAGAGAAAGAAGAGCAAAGUAAAAGCAAGAACGAUCCGAAGAAUCGCAAGUCAAAGUACAUGGAGAGUGUUAUGAAAACGUACCAAAAACGGGAAUUGCUGCGAGCAAGACGUGAAGAACGAAAGGCUCAUAAAGAACGAGCCGAGGAAAAAGACGAGUUCGCAGAUAAAGAGCAAUUCAUAACCAAUGCAUACCGUGAAAAGUUGAAGGAGAUGAAGGAAGCGGAAGAAGAAGAGGCGAGGAUGGAUAAGAUCGAAGAAAUCAUGGACGUGACAAAGCAGAAAGACAUGUCCGGUUUCUACAAACACUUCCUGAAUAGACAAGUCAACAACAGAAACAUUCGACAAAAGAAAAAAGAGGAAGAGUCUGAAGAAGAAAACACCGACGACGAUGAGCCGGUCGUCGAAAGGCUUGAACGAGACAAGCCCGAAGUCAAGGAAGAAGUCAACGACGAGUCUAUCAAAGUCGAAAAUUCAAAUAACGCUGCUGCGUCUCCCGUCAAACACGAGAAUAAUCAAGAUGCUGAUUCUGACUUUCUAUCAGAAGAUGAAGAAAAGCCUGACGUCAAGAAUGAACAAAGCGAAGCUGAUGUUAAAACCGACCUUGAUGUCAAGCUAGAGGGCGACGAAUACGCCGGAAGAAGGAAAAGUGAAACUCUCGUUGAAUUUAAGCAGAGGCUGAAAAAGAAAAAAGAAAGAAGUCUUGAUAUUUAUCGAACAAAACACACGGAAGAGACCUUGGCCCCUUUCCGUCAAAGAUACCUUGAGAGGCGAGAUAAAAAGCGCCAAGAGGGACGUUACAUCUAA